UCAUCUAAAAACAUCUUGGAGCUGCGUGCGACCACGUUGGGUAAGGGGAGAGACACCUUUGAAUAUUCUCCAUUUCUAGCCUUUUCGUUUAUGGCGUUACACGAAAUAUCUGCAAAAGUUGAUACUUCACAACUUAACAUUCAUUAAAUUGAAUCUAGGGAGUGUGAGAUAAGUGAGAAGAGUAGUGGGGACUGAAAUUAGAAAUGAGGCCAAGAAAGGAAGGGAAAAAGAGAAGCACAUCAUCUCCCAUCAGGGACAGGACGGUCGAUUCGUUUGGGUUCGAGUCUAGGCCACCUGGUGGGUCUCGCCAUUCUAGGGUUUCUCGUUCCCCUACCGCGUCCCUUCUCGACACUGAAUUCGUGGCCGAAGACAUUGAUGGGUUCGCAGGUCUUCGAAUCUCACCUGAUGACAAUAGCAACCCUAACCCCAAUCCAAGAAGUUUCCCUUACAGUGUCAAGCUGCAGUGCUGGGAGAAGGCGGAGAAGAUCAAAGGCCGUGACCCCGACCGUUGGAGGCGCGACGCGCUUGGCAAUAUCGUCUUUCGAAAGCUAGUGGGAUGCCCUGGUUGUCUCUGUCACGAUUAUGAUCACAUUGUUCCCUAUUCCAAGGGCGGCAAGAGCACUUUGGAGAAUUGCCAGGUUUUACAGGCUACAGUUAACCGAUCCAAGGGGAAUAAAACUGAGAUAUCCAGAGCUGAUCUCAUACAGAAGAGUUCUUACUGUCGUGUAUCUGGUCGGGACAUGGAUCUUCUUGAACUAUCGGCAUUUGGCAAUGUUCGUCGUGGUCAAGAUUCAGGAGGUUGUAGCAUCCAAUGACCAAGGAUAGACAGAAUCUUCAUGCUUGAUCAUUUUUGUAUCAAAUGAUCCAAGAUUCGAGACCCUAAUCUAUUAAGCUAUUUGGUGAACUGAAUCAGCUUUCAUUAAAUUAGGGUGAAGCAUUGAGCUUGAUAAAAGCUGAAAUGCUGUAUACUGGCCUAUGAACUGCUCAACAAAGUUUGAUACCUUGCAGGAAUGUAUAUAGCACAUUCACUAGUUCUA